AGUUUGAUUGAAUCAAGCGACUUCAGUGUUCUUCCAGUCCGCCAAUAUGCUUUCUCUAUCAGUAGUAUACAGCUGUUUGUGUACAUGAUUGCCCCACUAUUAAAUGUUAUCACAGAAAAAGAUUUCACUUCAAAUUAUCGUUUGGAAAGUGGUUUAAAAAUAUGGCAGUGUCUCUGGCAGGCGAGUUACAUCAAAUUCCUUGCCAAUAGUUUUUCGGGCCUUCAUCGACAGCCUGAUGUGUUGUGUUUUUGCGCUCCAGUGAAACAACGUCGCUCGCAUUUCCCUAUCAUAACAAUUACCAAGAAAUCCGAGCCAACUUCGGUCAUUCAAGGAAUAUAUCUCGGUGGUGAAAACGAAGCACAAACUCGACGUUUCUCUACAGUUCCAGCGCAAAAUGCCAAGUUUCCUCCGCUCAUAGAUGCUCCACCACCAAAACCACCACGUACAGAUCUUGCAGUACUUUCAAGUUUGAGAAAGCGUAAAGAACGUGAAAAAGCUGCGGCAUUAGCUUCGCUUUCUGUAGACGCAUGCGAUCAGAAAAAGCAACAGCAAGAAGAAAAGUUUCAAGAAGUGAGUCUUGAAUUAUUUAUAUUUAUCUUUAAAUUACAGGCCGCAAACACACUACCUGACAAAAUAGGUUUAGUUGUGCGAAGUGUUAGCGAAUACCGUAGCGAUGAGGAUGCAUCGAAUAUUCGCGGAUUAUUUAAAAAAAGUCGCGCUAUGACAUUUACUGAUAAGUCGCCAAGCUUAUGCAAAGGUAUUCCCGAGCUUGAUGAUGUCUUGCAUUUUGCAGACGACAAGUCUCUCAGUUAUGCUAUGCAGGAAAUUUCUGAAAAAGCACCUCUAGUGUUUUUGCAAGAAAUAUGUUCCGGUACUUCUGGAGAUCUUGAAAGUGUUCCACAAACUGGUUCUCAUGUAACUGAAUUUCCAAAAUUUAGAUAUAAACGAGAUUCCCUCUCGUCACGCGUCACUCUCAUCCCCUCAAGGGAAAUCUCGUCCAGUAUGAAUUCAUCGGUGGCUGAGAUUAAUGCCGAAGGCGCAGUUUGUACUCAGAAUAACGAAAAAGUAAUGGGAAAAAUGAAAAAAAAAGUAAAUUUGGUAGCUAAAGAAACCUCUAAUGUUUUUGAUCCACUCGAAAACAUUCCUUACCAGAGCAGUACUAUGCAACAGCCAAGAGGUGAUCCUCAGGAGGCAACUUACUUAGAUGUCGCAGUAAUUCGUUGCCUUUUGAUCAAACAUUGGGCAGAAGAAGGUAUUUUUUGGGCUAUGAAAUAUUUACUGCACAGAUUGCUCGAAAUUAAAAUACAUCGAAAUGCUCAGAAUGAUCUCUUCCGCUCACGUUCCAAAUCAGUACCUAACUUGCAGCAUUUAAAAUUGUUCCCAUCUGAAGUGAAUAAUCAUCGAAAUCUGCAAGAAAUUCAUCAUCAAUUAUCUACUUGGGAAGACUUACAGUUAAAAAAUGUAGCUAGAAAGCUGGAAAAUAUUGAAGUGGAAAAAAGUGGAAGACUGAAAUUUACAUCAACUCAGUCAAUGAAGAAUUUAUCAGCGAAAGCAUCACUGAUAGUAAAGAGCUCUUCAAAACAAAGCAUUAUGGCAACCUCAGUAAGUUUUGUCAAAUCUCGUGAUAAACGUGGACAUCUGGAACGAAACAGAAGCGAUCCCUCUUUGACGAACUCCUCGGAAGUGCUCUCUGUGCGCGAUGGGAGAAGCUGUUCUAUUUCAGCGCUACCUGGUCAAGCAGCUAACAAACACAGCACUCGACACUUCUUUCCAGAAUUCCAGGCUCUCGGAUGCACAAACUUUAUUGAACGAAAUGGACAAAUCAGCUUCAUCGUUUUGCUGAAGGCCAUAAAUCUCAUUGUUGAAGAGCGAUUAAGUGUUAGAAUUUGUGAAUUAGCACUGAAUGCUUGUGAAAUUUUCCUCGAUAUGCCCGGCACAGAGUUUCAAACCUUUAUGGACAAUUCGAUUAAUAUUGUCCUCAGGUCUCAAAAGCAUUUCAUUGUGAAAAUAUAUUUAUGGCUUGGUUGCCCACUUGGAUGUAAUGAUGGUUUACGCACACGUCAAGGUGAUUUCUUACGUGUGAAAGCUCGUACUAUCUUGGCAAUUAUUCAUCAGUUUGAUCCCCAAAUUUUUGCUCAAUUGCUCGUUGGCCAUAUUGAAGAAUAUGGUCCGCAAGCUUUGAUGGACACACUGCAUUCACUUACCGGAUUCUGUAAAUGUGAUAUUACAGCGUUUAUAGCUGGUAUGUAUCGUUCACGAAGUACUUCUUCACCACGACGCCAGACAGUGAAGUCUGAACAUUCGGUUCCAGCUUAUCACAAUAAUUUUAAUGAAAACCUGAAAGGUAUCGAAGGAAUAGUAAUCAAAGUGAUCUUAAAACCAGUCAUUUCCAAACUAAUGAAAACUAUGCAUGAACUUGUGCAACCCGAAAACAUGAGUUUGUAUCAAGAUGUUCGGCUGUUUGUCACAUUUAUCCAGGAACAGCAUGGUAAUCCAUUUCGACGGGUCGGAUUAAGCGCUUUGUUGGAUGGAUGGCCGGCGGAUGAUCAAUUUCAACUCAGUUCAACUCUUGAUGUGUCAGUACCAAAUUUCGCUUACCUUAUUGAUUUAUCGGAGGAGAAAUCUUCCCGUCGGGCAUCUUAUCUGUACCCUCUACCUGAAAUAUUUCUAACAGAACGAUCUGCAAAAUAUGCUAGCAACGAUGACAACGAGUAA